AUAACUGGAGAUUUCGAGGAUCUGAUGGUCAUCGCUCAACAUUCUAUCAAGGCCUCUGCUGCUAUUCAAUCUGCUGCCGCUGCUACAGCUGUUACUGCUAAUCCCCAUCCGAACGGCAACAACAUCAACGACCGCAGAGCACUCUCUGCAGGAUCUACCGCUUUGACCAGUAGGCCCAGGGCUUCUGCCACUACUCAAGCCAGUGAGACUGGAGGGGUUGUCAUCUCAAAGGCUAGCAAGACAAGGGCUAUCUUGAACCCCACGGAUCCCUUUUGUGACCUAAUAGGUUUCGAUUGUAUCCCACGCGUUAACACUGGAGAACCCCCUGCUACUCUGUCUUAGGAGGGAUUUCACUGUUUUAACUAUACGCUCCUCUUCCUCCGUAUGUAGCUUUUCCAAUACACAGGCUGCCCCUUCAAAGCUACAUGGGAAAGCUGGCUUAGACACAUCGUUGUCAACUACGAAAGAUGUUUGGACAAAUAUAGAUAUGCAAAGAGGACAUUUUUAUGACGAAUAUGUUUACUAAAGAGGACAAGGCAGAUGAGGAAGAUGAGGAGUAUGAUGGUAGUAAGUAUCAGAUGCGACGUAUGGGUUCUGAAU